AUGGCUUACAACAGACAAGGGGAUGCUCAGAUGUUUUCUGACUCCUGCGACAUCGACAUCAUGGGGCUGAAUGAGAGGGAUAUCGACACCGACGAAGACAGCCAGCACCGUAAAAUAUGCUCGCCUGUGUGCCCGGUAGGUCGUGGAGGAGACGACAGUGAUGCGACUGAUGACGGUUCAUCCCCUAUCACGCAUCUGCACAAACUCGCGAGCAAGAACGAGCGCUAUGCACGGCGUUCUCAGCUCCAGCGCUACAAGCUGACACGAGAUAUUCCCGUGACAUGGACCGCACCGCCUCGCGUGCUCUGUGUGACCCGACGCCACCUUCGCAAGGGGAAAUAUGUCGACUUCCUCGGCGAGUACCACCUGGAUCUAAUUCAGGAAAACGGGGGCGCGGCCAUCAUACUCCCCCGAACUGCCUUGACAGCACCUGCACUGGCUGAGUACUUGCCUAUGGAUGGCUUGCUUGUUGUCGAGGGGAACGACAUCUCAGAUGAGAUCCUCAGCAAGUACGGGUGCUGCGUUCCACGCCGACUGGAUGGAGAGGAUGCCAUGAAAUGGGCCAGUGAUGCCGAGUUCGAUGUUUCGAAAGACGAGCUCGAGUUCGCGCUGAUGCGCUUGGCCCUUGACGCAGGUUGUCCAAUCCUUUCCCUCUGUCGUGGAUCUCAAAUGCUCAAUGUGCUCAGAGGUGGAACGCUGAUUGGUGACAUUGAGACGGAGGUUCCAGAUGCGCUCGUGCAUCUCAAGGAUGCGAGUGACCCCUCCUAUGAUAGUCACCGACAUCCAAUCAGAGUGUUGCCAGACACUCCUCUUGCAUCUUGGUUUGAGAAGUCUCUUGUUGACACCGACGAGCUUCGUGUGAACUCUUAUCACCACCAGGCAGUGCAAACACUUGGGAAAGGCUUGAAGCCCAUGGCCUAUGCCCCCGAUGGAGUCCUCGAAGGCUUCUAUGACUCUCGCUACAAUCCAUCAAAAGGCCGCUUUGUGAUUGGUUUGCAGUUCCACCCCGAGCGUAUGAUGGGGGACUAUCCCGGAUGCAAGAUUGUUUACGAGGACUUCUUGACGGCUUGCAAAAAUUUCAAGAACUCCGCAUGA